AUGAACAACCACCCAUCCGGGACCGCGCCAGCGUAUGGCAACUCUUCUCAUCCAGGUACGCCAUCAGAUGCACUCGUAUCUGGGGCAUGAGAGCUGAUCCGGAUGUGCCUUUGCGCGCCGGUUUCCCGUCACUUGCGAACGGGGUUCGUUGACUCCACAGCCUACGCUUCCACCGCGAACCACUGGCAACAACAACAACACCAGCAGCCACCUCAACAGCAAAACUCGAGCUUUGGUCAUGUCUCGAGCGUGAGUGGUCCGCUUUCUUCUGCUUUCGUCGCGCUGCUGGGCCAAGCUAAUCAGACUUACUACGCCCACUCCAUCGUCCGGUGCCGUGUACCCUCUGAUCCAGCAGAGUCACUCGAGACAAGCAUCGUCUUCUCGGGCCCAUGGUCACAGUCAUCCAUCCGACAAGACCAAUGCCAAUGCCAAUACCACGGCCUCGAGCUCGAACGCCCAACACGCCGCCUACGACUCGUCCGCCAAUGCGUCCCCGUAUGGCUACAAUGCACAAGGGUACCACCUCGAGCAACAACUAGCUUCUCAACAGCAGAAGCAACAACAGCUCGCAGCCGCUUCAUCGGCUCGAUCUGCCGCAGUCCAGAACGUCCCCCCCUCGGCCGCAACUGUGCCCGUCGUAUCCGCUCCCCCACCACCGGCGCCCGCCACCGCCGCGCCGACAUCACCCAGAAUACCCAUGGCCGAGCGGGAUGUAUACAUGCUGUCAGUCCGGAUUCUUGGUGGCCUCGCAAUACGAGACAGAAAUCCGCUGACACUUCUCGUUGCUUCCCCUCCACUGUCAGAUCCCUCCCCUCGCAGGACCAGCGCAUCUAUUAUGACACCGAGUCUGGAUCCUCGGACGAAGAUCGAGACCCUAGCGAUCUCGACUCGGUGUACGACACAUCUUCCCUCGCACGUUCGACGACGAACCGGGGUCACAAGCUGUCACGCUCGAGCGCGCACAUCCGUCGUGGGCGACUAGGCGCCUUCCCUCAUACCGACACGGGGGGCUUCGAGCCCACGACGUGCACGAAACGACGCAAGUUGCUGUCAGGAUUACCGCCCUGUUCCGGGCCUGGCGCCUUGGCCGUCGCGCCGAAUCUUCAUCUCAUCCCUCGCGGAUCCAAACCAAGACCACGCCCCGCCGUCUUGCCCCCCGUGCCCCAAAGUCCUCUCGAUCUCUUGUUGACGCCCGGGUUGCAGUACACCCUCGGACCCAAGAACCAAACUUUCAAGACAUUGGGAAUGAGUGCGAUGGGGCUGAUCGAGCAAGAGGGGCCUUUGAUCGGCAGCCUUGGCCGCGUCUGCGCUGGUCUGAGAGGCGAAGGGUUCGACUUUAGGUACCAUGGCGAUGAUACGCUGUCGAAGCGAUCGGACCAGGAACGCGUGCAGAGGCAGGAUAAGGAACGGCUUGCGAAGGAGCAGAGGAAGUUGGAGGCUGAAGAGAAGAAGAGGGCACAAGAGGCGCAGGAGAGGGAGGUCAAGCGAUUGGAGGAGGAGAAACAACGCAAGGAGACGGAGGAAAGGGAGGCGAACGAGCGCGUCGAAGCGGAUGAGAAGAAGAGGGUUGAGCAGCAGGAAGCGGACAAGAGGAAGGCAGAAGAGGACCGACGGCAGGCGCAAGAUGAGGCCACACGCAUCGAGGUGCAACAGGCUGACCAGGAGCGCGAUGCCGAGCGCAAGGCCGAGCAGGUCGAGAUGGCCAACAUGCAAGACGCCGCGACAGCUCAGACCGAGAAGGAGAUCCCCGCAACAGCGGUCAACGAUACUGUGGCUGCCAGCGAGGCUGCGCCUGCGGCAGCUGUCGCUGAGACGGUCGCUGAUGCUGAGGUGCCGAUGGAGCAAGCUGCCGCCGUCAAUGCACCCUCAGUCGCAGCUGGAACCGAAACGAAGGCGCCGGACGACGCGAUGGAAGUCGAUGAAGCUGUUCCUUCGUUACCCGUUGUCGAUCUGGGCGCACUGCCAUUGCUGCCCGACAUGAACGCCCCCCCCCCUCCGAGGCUGAUGACGCAGCGAUGGCGGCGGCUCUUGCGGCUGAAGACGAUGAAGGGACCGCAACGCGAAGGCGAUCCGGACGCGUUGCGAACCGACCUCAACCGCAGAACGUUGCCGAGUCCGGAGAGGAGGAGGACCUGAUCGCCGAAGAGCCGACCACGUCGGCCUCGGCCAAGACGAAUGGAGCCACAUCCGCGAUCGGCAUUGAAGGCCCCAUUGAAGAGCCAACCCCCGAAGACAAGUCGAUGGUCGAGGAGUUGCCGGAAUACGUCAAACGUUUGGUCGAUCCCGAGCUCUAUGUGCGCAGUUUGUUCGUGAGCUCGGAAAGCGUCGAAAUGCCCAUCACAAGACCGGGCUUGCCCGGACAACCUGCGGUGACGUUGAUGGAGAUGGUAUCUCCGAAUGAUCAGGAGGUCUUGUUGCAUGACUGCCUAACGUGAGUGUGGUGAACUGUAACUUCGUGAUGAGAUUCUCGCUUGCUGAUAUCCAUGAGCCUUGUUCAUUCACCAUAGCGAUCUGCAUCGCUUCCUCGCUGAUUCGCUUGAAUACCGCGAUCGGUUAUCCGAAAUCCGGGAUGGCGUACUCGGCGUCGAACGGAGACGCAAGGGGAUGUGGAAAGUUGUGCGCACCGUUGCGGAGGAUUGGUUGCGAGAGGAGGCCGAGGCGCAGCAGAAUGCUGGGUAG